CACGGAGGCCCUCACUCAUGACGGCUGUGUCUACAAGUACGACAUCUCGCUCCCUGUGGGAAAGCUGUACGAUCUGGUGAUGGACAUGAGGGCUCGCCUGGGCCAGAGCGCCAAAAACGUCGUGGGCUACGGCCACUUGGCUACAUAUGGAGAGCACGGCAGGGAGGGAGACGGCUGGCGGAUAACCUCGUGCUGUGGCCAGGGGAAUUCUGGCACAGCUACAUUUUGCCAUCUUCCUUACACAUGAAGAUCCUUAAGCUCAAUACUUAAAUAUUACACCGCUGUGGGUGUGAACGUGCAAUGCUUUGAAGCAAUGGUUUUCUGGUGCAGCAAGGAACUGCUUGGCUCUCUGUCAUGGCUUUGCCUGGGACACAAGUUGUUUUCUUCAUAAGUAGCUUCUACAAGGCUGUGUUUUGGACCUGUGACCAAAACGUGUGGAUGGCACAGGGAUGGUGUAGCUGGUGCUGAGCAGCGCUAGCACAGUGUUGAGGUCUUUUCUGCUCCUCAUGCUGCCCCGCCAGGCUGGGGUUGUGCAAGAAGCUGGGAGGGGACACGGCUGGGACAGCUGAUCCCCACUGACCUGGGGGAUAUCCCACACCAUGCGAUGCUGCGCUCGGCGGUAAAAGCUGGGGGACGGAGGAGGAAGGAGGUUUCAGAGUUACGGUGUCUACUUCCCAAGUCACUGUGAGUUGUGAUGGAACCCUCCUUUCCUGAGUAUGGCUGCAAUGAGAAGUAGUGAAUGAAUUCCUUGCUUUGCUUGGCUUGCACCUGCGGCUUUGGCUUUACCUGUUCAACCUGUGAGGUUCUGCUCUUUGACUGCUGAUUCUCCUCCCCAUCCCGCUGCGUGGGGCUGAGAUGCCCGCGGGGUUGCCCCACCACCCUCUCCCCUCAUGCUGAAGUGAAGGCACGGAGCUCGGAACUCAACAUCCUGCCCAGCGAAGUAAUUCUGCGUCAGAAUUCAUGACUAAUUCUUCCAGGCUCGGAGAAGCCCAACCCCACGGGAAGCCAAGCGUUUCUGCGUGGCACCGUAUUCUUCUGUGGAACCAAACCUGGUGGUUUGUGUCCGGCGCCCUGGGAGAGAGCCAUGAAUCAAUCGUAAAAAAAAAAAUGGGCAGUUGGGCUUCGUGGGCUCUACCGGCUUCUGAACAAGCAAUCGCACCGCUGACGUGGAAGGUAACAGGAGAAAGGAGUCUGUUCAACGUGACCCCCCUGCCAGCAGCAGCUGACGCUGUGCCAAGAGUAACCCUAGAAAUUCUUUGUAGAACAAGCGCGUUGACUCAUGUUCUGCUGAGAAACUCAAGGAAAGCAACCCUAGACUUUGCUAAUCUCUGAAUUUUGAUUAGCACUGGAGUUGGAGCUGGCCUGAGGAAGCUGCGAUUGCAAAAGAAAUGCUGGAUAGAUGUAGCAGCCGAGGUGAGAGAUGCUGGAAUGCAGAGGAUUUGGCUCUGAGUGUGGCAGGGUGGGCCACCAGAGUACAAAGUUGGCAUUGUGGGUGGGGAAGGCUCUGACCAUGGCACCUCGUGGCCAUGAAAGACCAAAAGCAACAGCUUAAGCUCAGGCUGAGAGAUGUGGAUAAACCUUUCGUGGCUCAAAUGAGGAGAGCAGUGAUUUCAUCCCCAGCGUGGGGAGCAGGGGGAGUACCCCACCUCCAGACCUGCAGGACAAAGCCUGCUCUCUCAGGCCAGUUUGCAACCAUCAGACCCGAUUUGUGAAGUGCUGGCAUACAGCAACCUUGGUGGAAUCUCAAAUUCCUCUGGGAUGAAAGUUAUAAUGGUUGUUAAUAGCACCAGAGAGUCACUUUGUAGACUAAAAUAACGCCUGCUGAGGGGCAGGAGCUCUCUCUGCCAAGGCCUGGACACAGCGAAGUCUCUGAGCUCUUAACCUCCAGCUGCGAUAAUUGCAUUUUCACUGGGAAAGAGUUUGGAGCUUAAAUGUUUUAAGGAGAACUUGUGAUAGGUGAACACAAUUCCCAUUUUGCUGUAGUCCCUAAUUUCCUGUUUGCAAAUGUCCGGCAGAGAAUUCCAGUCCUUGAACCACUGAGAAAGAAGAGGAAAGGUUCUGACCCCGGCACCAAUCAGGGAAGGGGAUCUGAGCCAGCGAUGUGACGGUGUGCUGGAUGAUGAAGGGGUCGCUGAUGCCCUCCAGCCACCAGCACCCUGCCCAGAUCCCGCUGUCAGCCCCCACCUCCCUCCCGCAGCCAGGAAACACCCCAUUAAGGUUUCCCCACUAAAUCCUUACUUCCCUGCAAAGCUGCUGGAACCUCAUCUCCCGAGGCAGUUCUUUGUCCUGGUGGGAAUGUCGUGUUCUAACAGGGUUUCUCUUGGCUUAUUAAUUAACUUCCCCCCACCCCUGGGAACACCUGGCCACUCCCUCUGUCCUCCCCUAUCCUGGCCAUUUAUAACAGCCAUGGGAUGCUGAAAAUAAAGCCGUAUUCUCCAAGAGCUGGAGGAGCCCGUAGAUAAAGGAGCAUUGGAGUCGAUUUGCGAAGGAGAUAUCUCCUGGUUCACAGCAUGAAAAGCCCUGGGUGCACUGCAAGGUCUCUUAAUUUGGCAGAACCUCGUUAGGUCGACACGGAGGUCUGUUGUUUUCAGCUUAAGCCAAAUGAACAAGAAGGUUGUCCCAAGCCUUAAAGCAUCCCUAGUGGCACCUCCAAGCGCCACCUAAGAAAGUUUUCUGCAUUUUCUUCCCGGCUGGGAGAUGGCACGGCACAGGGUGGAAAGGCACAUCAAAUGUCUCAUCAUUUUCAACCUUUGCCUGGGACUCCUCUUCCUGUCGGGAUUCUUCCACAUAAAGAAUAAAACUUACAUAAUCCUGAAGAGCCACGAGGAGCUGCCGGUAACUUCCACACCUUGCCACGCCAAGACUAAUGUUAUGUUCCUCAAGAUCCACAAGACGGCCAGCAGCACCGUCCUGAACAUCAUGUUCAGGUUUGCAGAGAGGUACAACCUCACCGUUGCCCUCCCAGCUGACCAGCUUUUCCACCUCGGCUAUCCAAAGACCUUCAAGGCCCACUUUGUGGAGGAAUUUGAAGUCAUAGGACAGAACUACAACAUCAUGUGCAACCACCUGCGGUUCAACCCCUCGGAGGUACGAAAGGUGAUGGCAGCGAACACCUUCUACUUCUCCAUCCUGAGGAACCCCAUUCCUCUGCUGGAGUCUUCCUACAUCUACUACAAGAACAGUGUCCCUGCCUUCAGGCUCUCCAAGGACGUGAACGAAUACUUGGCGUCACCUUUGAAGUAUUACCAUCAGGCGGAUUACAAGCAAAACAUCUAUGCCAGGAAUAUCAUGUGGUUUGAUUUUGGCUACGAUAACAAUGCAGAGGACGACAAAAAGUACAUCCAGGCGGUCCUGAAGGAGAUUGAACAGAACUUCCACCUGAUUUUGAUAGCAGACUACUUCGAUGAGUCCAUGAUCCUCUUGAAGCACACUUUGUGCUGGGAUCUGGAUGACGUGGUUUACUUUAAGCUCAACUCCAGAAGCCAGGACACUGUCCAGACCUUGACUCCAGAAAGCAAGGAGAGGAUAAAAGCAUGGUGCUCACUGGACUGGAAGCUCUACCUGCACUUCAACCAGAGCUUCUGGAGGAGAAUUGAGGAGACCAUAGGACUCAAACUGCUGGAGAAGGAGGUGAAUCGCCUGCGAAUGAGACAGAAGGAGCUCAUGGAGAUCUGUCUCUUGGAGCAGGAGGGAGUGGGGAGGAACCACAUCAAGAACAAAGCUCUCCAGCCUUUCCAGUCAGGGGCUGCAAAUAUCCUUGGAUACAACCUCAACCAAAACUUGGACAACAGGACUCUGAGAAACUGCCAGAGAAUGGCUAUGCCGGAGCUGCAGUACAUGUCCUACCUUUACGCUGUUCAACAUCCGCACAAGAAGAGGAAGCAGUUGGGCUUUCCUUUGCUCUGGACUAGUUUCUAGGAGAAGACACUACUCUCAACUCCCACCUAGGGCACGUGACAACCCACGGCAGUUUCCCACUGCUUUGCGUCACCAGCAGGUUGCUGAUCCACAGGACACAUGGGCACCAGUGGGAGGUUGGUGGGGAGGAGAGCUUUGUUUGGGGCCACUGAGCUGGUGGUGGGUCCCUUUCUGGCUCUGCGUUGGCUGGAUCCUGCAUGAUGCCUUCUCCUGGUCCCGGGCAGGGGGACAGCCCACCGCUGCUGAGCACUGGGCACGCUUUCAGGUGCCUUAGACGUUCCUGCCUCUUAAUCAUUAAUCAUGGGCUUAAUCUUUUUGUUUG